AUGUCCCCCACCGUCGACAUCGGCGCCUGGCUCUCCCCCGAUGCCUCGUCCGCCGCCCGCCAGCACGUCGUCGACGCCAUGCGCGACGCCUACACCACCUACGGCUUCUUCAACCUCGUCGGCCACGGCGUCUCCCCAGCCCAGCGCGAGCAGUCCCUCAACUGCGCCAAGCUAUUCUUCACCCUGUCCGAGGACGAGAAGAUGAAGGUGUGGAUCGGCAAGUCGCACGGCCGCUCGUUCCGGGGCUACGAGCCACCAGGCAUCCAGCCACAUCAGGAGGGACUGUUGCCAGAUACCAAAGAAUGCUUCAUCAUCGGCCACGAAGUGUCCCUCUCCGACCCAGAAAGCGGCACCUUCUCGACAGGCCCGAACCUGUGGCCCGCCGCCCUGCCAGACGAGCACUUCCGCACGCCAAUCAUGCAAUACCAAGCCACGAUGGUGGUCCUCGUGCAGACGCUGCUCAAGAUCCUCGCGCGCGGGUUACCUCGCGAAUGGAACUGUGGACCCGAUGUGCUGGACGCGCUGGCGCAGAACCGCCCCUCGAUCCAAUGCGCUUGCUGCAUUACGCGCCGCAGGCUGUCAGAGAUGAGCGGCAGUUUGGCGGUAACCUUUUCCCUCUCGCUUUCCCCACUCCCCUUCCAUGACUUUCCCUUGGCCGGGUACGGGAGUAUGCUAACAGAAACAGUGGGCGACCACACGGACGUCGGCUGCCUCACGAUCCUGCUGCAGGAGCUGGGCACCGCCAGCCUGGAGGGAAAUCCCAGCACAAGGAAGUUCCCAAGGAGCGCUUCGGUUUUGAAACCGUCUUUCGCGACGCCGAUCCCAAGCGCAAAUGGUAUGGCAACUUCAUCAACGGUCAUGACGAGUUUGACCACAAGUUCUUUCAAGAAAAGCCCGAGGGAAAGCGCCACGAUGGACCCUCAGCAGCGCCACUUGCUGCAGAUUGCCUACCAAGCCGUGGAACAGUCUGGCUACUUCCAUAAUCCGAGCCCUGACAAUCGAGUCGGUUGCUACAUGGGCGUCCACGCCUGCGACUAUGAAGCCAACAUCGCCUGUCAUGCUCCAAAUGCGUUCUCCGCCACCGGCAACCUGCAGGGAUUCAUUGCCGGCAUGGUCAGCCAUUUCUUCGGCUGGACAGGCCCUUGUCUAACAAUUGACACGGCAUGCUCCUCUGCCGUUGCGGUUCAUCAAGCUUGCAAGGCAAUUGUCAACGAUGAAUGCGGCGCAGCUCUUGCAGGUGAAUCUUGCAGGGCCUCGUUUUUGAGCACCACCGAACAAUGCAAGCCCUUCGUUAUCAAAGCGGAUGGGUACUGCAGGGGAGAAGGCAUUGCAACUGUCUUCUUAAAGAAGAUAUCCGCAGCACUUGCUGAUGGGAAUCAGAUUAUGGGUGUAAUUCCGGCGACGGCUCUCCAGCAAAAUCAGGACUGUACUCCGAUCUUCGUCCCAAACGUGCCCUCUCUAUCAGAUCUGUUUCAAGUGGUGACCAAGCGAUCGCGUCUCACACCAACUGAUAUCUCAGUUGUCGAGGCGCACGGCACCGGAACUGCAGUGGGGGAUUUUGCAGAGUAUGAUAGUGUUCGUGCCGUUCUAGGAGGAUCUGUCCGUACAAAGCCGGUGAUGCUCAGCUCUGUAAAGGGCUUAGUCGGCCAUGUCGAGUGUACCUCUGGCAUCAUCUCCGUUAUCAAGGUGCUAUUGAUGCUUCAGAAGGGCAUGAUCCCUCCUCAGGCUAGCUUCACCACUAUCAACCCGGCCAUCAAAGCCACGUCGAGGGACAACAUUACUAUCCCAACCAACCUGCAGCAGUGGGAUGCCAGUUUCAAGGCUGCUCUCAUCAAUAACUACGGAGCAUCCGGUUCGAACGCCCCCAUCGUCAUUACGCAAGCCCCAACACAGGCGAUGAGCGUCCCUGAAACCACUGUGGAUUUCACUAUGAAGUACCCGUUCCGACUCACCGGUUUUGAUGGCCAAAGCCUACGCCACUACUCCAAAGCCCCUCACAAGUAUUUGAAGUGUGAUCGUUCCGUGCGGCCAGCGUUGGCUGAUGUUGUUUUCAAUGCAAACCGUCAGAGCAACUGGCAGCUGAACCGGACGCUGAUGUUUAGCGUGAAGUCAGUCAACGAACUGAACGAGAGGCUUCAGGCAUUUGAAAAUGGCGACUCUAGCCUCGCGUCUGUUUCUCUCCCUGAGGCUCGUCCCGUGGUGCUCUGUUUUGGUGGGCAGGUGUCUAAGUUCAUUGGGCUUGAUCGGCGGGUGUACGAACAUGUAGCAGGGUUGCGAAAGCAUCUCAACACCGUCGAUGCCGUGGUUCGAUCUGUUGGAGGUGGUAGCAUCUUCUCAGACAUUUUCACCCGUGUUCCAAUCGAUGACCCUGUCAAAUUGCAGGUGAUGCUGUUUUCCAUGCAGUAUGCCUCAGCACACAGCUGGAUAGAGUUUGGGGUCCAGCCAGCCACGGUCGUGGGCCAUAGCAUUGGUGAGCUCACGGCACUGUGUGUGGCCGGUGUCUUAUCGCUCGAAGACUCCAUGCGUAUGAUCGUGGCUUGUGCUACCAUUAUCAGAGAUUUCUGGGGUCCGGAUAAAGGUGCUAUGUUUGCCGUCGAGGCCGAGCUUCACGAAGUGAAAGCGCUGCUUGCUGAACCCAAGAACCGCUGCGUCGGUGUCGAGCCUGCCACAAUUGCUUGCCACAACGGACCACGGAGCUUUACUCUUGCUGGUUCAACCCGGGCAGUGGAUGCAGUCACUGAGACUCUUUCCUCAUCGGCCUUUUCGUCCAUAAGAAACAAGAUGCUGAACGUGACAAACUCCUUUCAUUGUUCCCUACUCGACCCUCUAUUAGAGCGCCUUGAACAAAGCGUUCAAGGACUCGAGUUCAAAGAGCCUGUGAUACCCCUCGAAAGGGCCACAGAGUCACCUAUCAAGGAAGAGCCCACAGCUCAAUUCGUUGCUCAACACAUCCGCUCACUCAAAUAUCCCUCCUGCGUCUUUUUAGAAGCUGGAUCCAACUCGACCAUUACCAACAUGGCUGGUCGAGCCCUUGGCAAUCCUGAGCGAUCACACUUUCAGGCUGUCAACAUCACCUAUGACAGCGGCUGGAACAUUCUGGUUGACGCUACAGUGAGCCUGUGGAAGGCAGGCUUGAGUGUGCAAUUCGGGAAUCACCAGUCAAGCCAGACAAAGGAGCACGCCGUUCUCCUACUGCCACCAUAUCAGUUUGAGCAUUCAAGGCAUUGGAUCGAACUUAAGACGCCUCCCAAAGCGGCCUCGGAGGAGAGCCCAAAGACCGAGAUCCAGGAGAAAACCCCUUCGGAGAACCUUUUAACUUUUGUGGGGUACCAAGACAAUCUCCGACGGCAAGCAAAAUUUCGCAUCAACACGAUGACUGUCAAGUAUGAUAAACUCAUUCGUGGACACAGCAUUGCCCAGACCGCGCCAAUCUGCCCGGCGACUGUUCAGCUGGAUCUGGUCAUUGAGGCCGUGCGCAGCAUCAAACCUAAUUUUGCUACAGCCAAGCAAGAGCCUAGACUGUAUAAUGUCGAGAACGCCUCGCCAGUCUGCAUCAACCCGGGGCGGGUAGUGUGGAUUGAAGCAGUUACGGAUGACAGCACAGUAGCGACUUCCUGGGAUUUUCAAUUUGUCGAUGAUUUUGCACUGGAGCUUGAAUUCUCGCGGUUGGAAAGACAUUUCAGCCAUGAGCGGUGUCUUGACAUUAUGCACAGUAACGAUCCGGACGAAGUCAUGCAAAGCCGAAAUAUCUACAAGAUCUUCGCCGAGAUUGUAGACUACGGGGAAGACUAUCGUGGCCUGCAAAAGCUCGUGAGCAAAGGAACUCAGUCUGCGGGCCUAGUAGCCAUGAAAAACAAUCCAGAGUCAUGGCUCGACGGGCAUCUGGCCGACAGCUUCUGUCAGGUUGGAGGUAUAUACGUCAACUGCAUGGUCGACCGCUCUUCGUCCGGCAAGGCGUUUCUGACAGAUGUCUUCGUUUUUGAUCCGACGAAUGGGUCUUUGAUCGAAGCUGUUCUGGGUAUCAGUUAUGUCAAGGUUCCGAAAGCCUCGAUAAGCCGGCUACUCUCACGGCUUACCGUGGGAGAGUCUCAACAGGUUGCAGACGUUUCUUCUGACACUAUUCGUGCUGAUGUAGAUGCACCUAUGAGUUCUGUCCCGUUCCCUGCUCAGGCACUGCCACAAAGAACUGUUGCCCCACCAAGAGCCGAAGUGCAGGCGCCAAGCAGGGUAGAUAUAGCACCCAAGGUCAAAGCUAUUCUUACUGAGCUCUCUGGUCUCGAAAUGGAGCAGAUCCAGAAUGACAGUAAUCUCGCCGACCUAGGGAUCGAUUCUUUGAUGGGGAUGGAGCUGGCACAUGAGAUUGAGGCUGCCUUCCAGAUCACAAUCUCUGAAAGUGAGCUCAUGGACGUCAUCGACAUACCAAGCUUGAUGAAGUGCGUGCAAGCUGCGGUUGGCGGUGUUGCCGCCACUGCAACCGAAAGCAGUGAACAGAGCACGUCCGAGAGCGAAGAAAGUGAUACGAAGCUUAGCGGCUACACGACGCCCAGUACCGCUUCUGAAUCUGCAGAGCCCGAGAAGUCUGUCAGAAGUGCCGGACUGAACCUUCCUUUUGCGUAUGUGAUAGAGGCUUUCAACGAGGUGAAGAGCAUGACUGACGAUCAAAUAGUCGGAUGUAAAAAAGCCAAAUAUUUUGAGACGGUCCUGCCUCUUCAGGAUCAGAUGUGCGUCGCGCUUGUCCUCGAGGCUUUCGACCAGUUGGGACACCACAAUCGGGAUGCCGACCCCGGUGCCAGAUUUUCCCGCAUCUCACCUCCCAAAGAACAUACCAGAUUGGUCAACUAUCUGUAUAGAAUGCUCGACGAAGGUGCCGGGCUUGUAAAUAUUGAUAACGAUAUCAUCACUCGCACGGCUGUUCCUCCCCCUCGUCCAAGCAGCGAUGUUCUUGAAGACCUUCUGGCUCGCUUUCCAGAACAGACAAAGGGGCGUGAUCUCGUCUCCAAAAUGUAUGCCGAGUGGCCGCUGAACAGGAUGUUCUACCGGCAGAUGGAGGACUUCAUCAGCAAGCUUGUUUCCAAAAUCGACACGACUCAAGGUUCCAUCGAGGUUCUGGAGAUGGGCGCCGGCACAGGAGAAACGACUAGUUGGCUUGUCCCUUUGCUCGCGGUGCUGAAUAUCCCGGUCGAGUACACUUUUACAGAUCUCGCUCCAUCCUUUGUUGCUGCCGCUCGCAAGAGUUUUGGCAAGCAAUACCCAUUCAUGAAAGUCAGGACUCACAACAUCGAGAAGGCCCCCACCAAUCACCUGUUUGGCACACAGCAUAUGAUCAUCGCCAGUAACGCUGUGCAUGCCACGCACAGCCUUAAGGUGUCUGUGGGUAACAUACGCAAGGCCUUACGGCCUGAUGGUCUUCUUCUGAUGCUGGAAAUGACGCGAACGAUGUACUGGGUCGACAUUACCUUCGGGUUGUUCGAGGGCUGGUGGUAUUUCGGUGACGGACGCACACACGCUGUGACGCACGAAUCGCAGUGGGAAGAGGAGCUGCACUCAGCUGGGUAUGAGCACGUCGACUGGACCGACGGGUCGCGGCCAGAAAACAGGUUGGGAAAGCUGAUUGUUGCUUUUGCUUCAGGUGGGAGGUAUGAGCGACGUCCACUAAAUCCGGUUAAUAUCAAGAGCCUAUCGACUAACUGUGCGGCACGACAAGCAGUUGUUGACAGAUACGUGAGCGAGAUGACGGCGGGAUGGGAGGCCCCUUCAGCGAGAGGCAGUCGCCCGAAGAAGGCUAGCAAGCGUGUUGUUCAUACAGGGGCAACAGGAAGCCUGGGAUGCCACCUCCUCGAGAAGCUUGUCUCUGAUCCCGACGUGAAAAGCGUCAUCUGUUUAAAUCGACGAAACCGGCUCGACGUUGCUGAGCGACAGCGUCAGUGUCUCGCUCAGAAAGGCAUUUGGCUCCCCGUCAAUGCAAUCGACAAACUCACCGUUCUUGAAGCCGACCUCAAGUUCCAGAAGAGGAGAUGA